AUGAUCCUCUCCUUCGGAAGCCUCCUCGGCGUCAAUCUUUUGGCCCAAGCAGCAAGAUGCGCAUUCACUCCACCAACUCCUGAGACCGGAAAACUCCAGAUAGCCAGGUCGUUGCUGGAUCCUCGAGUUUCAUUAUCCUUCAAGCAAACCCACAUCUGCGAAACGACACCGGGUGUCAAGUCCUACAGCGGUUACGUGAACCUACCCGCCGACGAUGCAGAGGGCCGACCCUACGACAUUCACACCUUCUUCUGGUUCUUCGAGGCGCGCAAAAACCCUUCCAAUGCCCCGUUAUCCAUAUGGCUUCAGGGUGGCCCCGGAUCUCCAUCUAUCAUCGCGGCGCUGGGAGAGAACGGACCUUGCUUCGUUACACGUGACGCAAAGGGCACCGUUCUCAACCCGUGGUCGUGGAACAAUGAAGUCAACAUGCUUUACAUUGACCAGCCAGUCCAGACCGGCUUCUCGUACGACAGGCUUAUCAAUGGAACCAUUGACGAGACGCUCCUGCCCUAUGUCGUGACGCCAUUGCCGCCGUCAGCGCCUCCGCCCGAUUUGAAUUCGACCUUUCUUCAGGGAGUCUUCCCCUCUCAGGACCCAGCCUCAACCGCGAAUACAACCUUGACUGCGGCCCGCGCUGCCUGGCACUUCAUGCAAACCUGGAUGAAAGAAUUCCCCAUCUACAAGCCCAAGACCAACAAGAUCAGCAUCUGGGGCGAAUCGUACGGAGGGCACUAUGUCCCGACCUUUGCCCAUUUCUUCUCAGAGCAGAGCCGAACGAAUCGAAACGACAGCAACGUCAUCCCGUUGACUAUCGACGCAGUUGGACUUGUCAACGCUUGCAUUGACAUUCUGACGCAGAUGCCCGCCUACCCUCUGAUGGCAUUCAAUAAUACGUACGGACUUCAGAUAAUCAACGAGACCCAGUACAAUGCCGCUAUGGACAGCUUUCCCGCAUGUCGCAACUUGGUAGAGAAGUGUCAGUCCCUGGCGGAUGAAAAGGAUCCGCUUGCGUUGGGCAAUGUAGCCGAGGUCAACGAGGCUUGCAGCGAGGCCUAUUAUUCCUGCUUCCAAACCAUGUCGGGGGCUGUCGAAAACAGCGGGAUAAAUGUAUUCGACAUCACGGCCCCAGUACCUGGGUCCUUUCCCCCUAGGUAUCUUGCCGGCUAUCUCAACUCCAAAGAGAUCCAACUGGAGCUUGGCGUGCCGCUCAAUAUCUCGGGUUUGUCGAUGGCAGCAUUUGAAGCCUUUAUGUCGACCGGCGAUUUUGUCCUGGGCAAAAAUUUGGCAAAACUCGGGGACCUCCUGGAUCAGGGGGUUAAGGUUGCUCUCAUGUACGGGGAUAGCGAUUACCAAUGCAAUUGGUACGGAGGUGAGCUGGUCAGCUUGGCCAUCGAGUCCAAGUUCAGCCAGGGGUUUCGUAGUGCCGGCUACGCAAAUAUUCAAACCAACAAUACUUAUGUUGGGGGACUUGUUCGACAGCAUGGCCCCUUGUCGUUCUCUCGCAUCUUGGGGGCCGGACAUGAAGCCCCUUGGUACCAGCCCGAAACUUCAUAUGAGAUCUUCAAGCGGGUCAUGUUCAAUAAAGACGUCGCUACCGGCAAAGUCCCGAUCGCAAAGUGUGGCAAUUACUCAACCACUGGCCCGGACAAUGUGGCUGGGGUCAUGAACGAGAUGCUCUCCCAUCCCCCGGUCGAGUGCUAUUUGUGGAACAUUUUCCAGACUUGCACCAGCUCGCAGACCGAGAUGCUUCGGAACGGCACGGCUGUUCUUCAGGACUAUAUUAUGGUUGGAUACCAGACGGGCAAUGGAACCAUUCACUAUUACUAG